AUAGCUGGGGUUGCAUAAGUCAUGCCUGUUGCAAAGCAAAUGCUUGUCUGGUUCUACACUCACAAAAUGCCUUAUAAAAUGGACAGACUGAACUAAUCACUUACAAGUAGUAUACAUUGUGAAUUGCAGUAAUUGAGCAAUUUUGGAAUACAAAAACAACACACCCCCUUUUCCACGCUAAAUACACUCUUCUAUGUAUCCAUUCUCUCCGCACACCUCCCCUACGUGCUCUUCGUGUUUCUUCUUUUGCCACCAUCGUAAAUGGAAAUGGUUGCAUUUCCUGCAUACAGCUCGCGGUUUAUCAACUCAUAAAUUAAUCUCAUCGAGCUGUACUCCACCAUCUCCAUGAAGGCAUCCUCCAACAAGGCCUCGAGGCACGAUGUUGUCGCCUCCAUAGCUGUUCAGGCCACAUCCACAUCGGCACCUCCUGUUAAGAGAGAUCCCAUGGCAAGCCCAGCACGUGUCCAGGUAGAUCCUGACACUUUCCCCGAUGACAAGCCUGCCCAAACAGGCACGGUCUUCAACAUAUGGUACCUCAAGUGGUCUGGCGGAGGCGAGAGUUCGUCACUGAGAAGCUACACCAAGCUGAAGUUCCGCGUCAGUAUCGCCAAAGACGCAGGCUACACCACCGCAAAGAACAACCUGCCCAUAUGCUUGUUCUUUGCUCGAGGAUGCUGUUACCUAGGCAAAAAGUGCCUGUACCACCACCGUUUGCCCAGAGAUACCGACUACAUCAUGCCCACCCAGGACUGCUUCGGCAGAGACAAGACAGCCGAGUACAGAGACGAUAUGGACGGAGUAGGCUCGUUCAACACCACCAACAGAACCUUAUAUGUGGGAGGAUUGCACAUGAGCGACUCGAUCGAAAACACCCUCACAAAGCAUUUCCAGGAGUUUGGUUCCAUAGAGAAGAUCCGAGCGUUGUACGGCAAAUCGUGUGCAUUUGUUACUUUCCGGUUGGAGUCCGAGGCCCAGUUUGCCAAGGAGGCCAUGCAGAACCAGUCCCUCGAUGGCAAGGAAGUUUUGAACAUACGGUGGGCCAACGAGGAUCCGAACCCUGUGGCCCAAUUGCAAGAAAAGGCCAGAAUGGAGGAAAUAGCCAUGAGCACCGUCAAAAACUUGCUAGCACAAAUCGAUGAACCUGCUCCAAAGAAGCAAAAGGUCACCGUGGAGGAACCGGAAGAGCAAGUAGAAGAGAAGAAUACUUCAGAAACGAAAGCCAUAGAAUUCGCCCCACAAAUUCCCCACGCGAAAGGCAUCAGUUUCAGCCUGAACUCGUUGUCAACUUUGGCCAAGUUGAAAGCGAAGAAGGAAAAGGAAAAGACGGUCCAGAGCACCACUUUGAUAGCAGGGUAUUCAAGCGAUGAGGAGGAAGACUAGCUAAUGAUUAUGAAAUGAAGAAGGUGUCCUUGGUGUCACAAUAGAGGUAAUUGUAUCCAAUUUCAUUUAAAUGAAAUAAUCACAUCAUAG